AUGGAAGCAAGAAAGGAAUAUAAUAAAGACAGGCCAAUGAAGAAUAAUAAUGCUGCAGUUCCUUACUUCUCAGGUAGAUCAGUUUGGCUAUAUCUUCGCCAAAUUGAAAGUUAGCUCUUAUUCAAACUUCCAUGGCUAGCCAUCACCAAAAACCAGCCUAGACAUCUCCUAACUCGAUCCUGCCAUGGGGGAGCUUGUCACAGGGGCAGUCCAAGGCGUCCUAGGGAUGCUUGCAUCUGCGGCAUAUGAGGAAAUUAUGCUGACCUGGGACGUCAAGGACGAUCUCGAGAAGCUCAAGCAAAAGCUGGAGAUCAAUAGAGCAAAGAUCUUGGAUGCAGAGCAGAAGCAGAGAAAGGAACUCGAGAUUCGUACCUGGCUCAAGAAGCUCCGGCAGUUCUGCCAUGACGCCGAGGACGUGCUGGAUGAGUUUGAAGCUGAAGCUCUUAAGAGGCAGGCCACGCUGGAACAUAGAAGCUUCAGAAUAAAGGUACGAUACUACGUAUCAUGUCUCGCCAAAUUGAAAUUCCGUUACAAGAUGGGGCAUAAGAUAAAAGACCUCACUAAGACACUCGAUGAUCUGUUGGAGGAAAAGAACCUGUUCCCUCUCUCGAGCACGCCUGAGGACAGAAGUAUAGUCAACCGAAGGGAGACCCAUUCCUUUGUAUCGGUCUCAGGCGUCUUUGGGAGGAAGGAUGAUAAGAAGAGAAUCAUAGAGCUUUUGAUGAGCCCAAGUGAAAACACCAAAAUCUCAGUUGUCCCAAUAGUAGGGAUCGGAGGUGUCGGGAAGACAACUCUCGCUAAAAUGGUGUUCAUUGAUGAAAGGGUGGACCAGCUCUUCGAGAUCAAGGUGUGGGUCUCAAUGCAAGUAGAGUUUGAUCUCCGGGUAAUCCUUACGGACAUUGUCCAAUCUUUGAGCCCUCCUGAUACCAGAUGUGACCACUGGAAGAUGGAGCAGCUGCAAAGCCACCUCCGGGGCAUGUUGGAGAACAAAAGGUGUCUAUUCAUCUUGGAUGAUGUGUGGAAUGUGAGCCGACAGGAAUGGACCGAGCUAAGGGACUUGUUAGAAGGAGUCUCCAAGGGAAGUAAAAUCAUAGUCACUUCACGCAAUAAAUCAGUUGCCGCUGUUAUGAGGACAGUGCCUGAGUACGACUUAAAGCCACUCUCAGAUGAGGAUUCGAUAUCUUUGUUCAUGAAGUGCGCUUUUGAGCAGGGAGAAGAGAAAAGCCAUCCUGCCCUCGUAGAGAUCGGGAAAGAGAUAGUGAAGAAGUGUGCCGGCAAUCCUUUGGCAGUAAAAACCUUGGGAAGCUUACUAUACUCCAAGAAUGACGAGCGGAAUUGGGUUCAUGUUCGGGACAGCGAGAUAUGGAAGAUGGAAACUGACAUCUUGCCAUCUCUAAGGAUAAGCUAUGAUCUCAUGCCUCUCCACCUGAAGCAAUGCUUUGCCUACUGUUCGAUCUUCCCAAAGAACUAUGAGUUCAAUAAUCUGGAGCUGAUUCAGCUAUGGAUUGCAAAUGGUCUUAUUCAACCAUCCAGUGGGAGCAAUCAAGAACUCGAAGAGAUUGGGCAGCAAUAUUGGGAAGAGCUGUGGUCAAGAUCUUUCUUCGAAGAUGUUGUGGAAGAUUAUCUCUUCCUGACUUUCAGGAUGCAUGACUUGAUACACCAGCUGUGCCUCUCGGUGGCAGAGAACGAAUCCUCCGUGGUCAAUGUAGGCACCGGAGAUGUGUAUGAGAGGAUUCGACACCUCUCACUCGCCGAUCCUAAUCUGCUAUCUGAUGAGCUUCCCAAGAACCUGAGCAAGUUGAGAGGGUUACACACAGUCAUGUUCCCAGUCAAGAAGGAAGGCCCGACAGGUGAAACCUUCCUCAGUAAUUGCAUAUCGACGUUCAAGCAUUUAAGGGUUCUCCACCUACAUGAUUCGACCUUUGAAGGACUCCCAAGUUCAGUUGGAAAGCUGAGGCAUUUGAGGUUUCUCCACCUGUGCGGAAACCCGAAAAUCAAGAGGCUUCCUAAUUCGGUAUGUGAGCUUCAGAACCUGCAGAGUUUAGGACUUGCAAAGUGCGAGGCGCUUGAAGAGUUGCCUGUGGAUAUGAAAAGAAUGAUCAAUCUUCGGUUCCUGGACAUAACCACAAAACAGGUUGUCUUGCCUGAGAAUGGGAUAGGAAGCUUGACUUCUCUCCGAGCUCUAUUCAUUGGAGACUGUGAUAACCUCGAGGCCCUAUGCGAAGACAUUUGCUCCCUCACAUCCCUCAAGAAGUUCUUUGUUGGAAGCUGCCCGAGGUUGAAGGACUUACCCAGGGGAAUCAGAGAUAUAGAGAAGUUGGAAAACCUGUGGAUCGGCAACUGUGAGAAUCUAAAGCUGUCCGACGAAGAAGGAAACCAGACUUCGAACAUCAGGUUGAAGCUCCGGUCAUUAGUACUCUUUCGAUUACCCAAAUUGGUGAGUUUGCCCAAAUGGCUUGAAGGUUCUGCAACCACACUACGGAGGUUAGUUAUUGAAGACUGCCCGAACUUCAGGUACUUUCCCGAGUGGCUGCAGAGAUGUUCAUCAUUGCAGAAGUUGAAGAUAGCAGGCUGCCCUCAAGUAUCUCGUCCACAAGAGGGGUUCCCAUUGCUCGCUUCCUUGAAACUACUGACGAUCGAGGAAUCCGGCGAACUAAGCAGUGCAUGCAGGAGAGGUGGAGAGGAUUGGCCGAGAAUUACACACGUUCCCGAGAUCCACAUUGAUGGAGAAAGGACUAAAUGAACUCCUUAACCGGGCUUUCAACAUGGGUUUCCACUUGGAAGAGCUUCAAGAAGAGCAAUGCGUAUCUCUGCCUAUGCUCGAGGCCUCGGGCGGCAGUUCAUAUUUGACUGUAUAAAUGUCCCAAUUGAUUCCAACUAUUGCAAGUGUGCUGCGAAAAGAAUGGUUUGUGCGAUUGAGAAUAAAGGAUUGAUGCAAGUGUGUGUAUUCUUUGUACUUCAUGUGUGUUAGUGUGAAAUAAAAGCUUAAAGCUUCUGAAA